GCAUCAAGUCCCAUCGGGUGUGGGCCGGAAGCGGGGGAGCUCAGCCAGAGGAGAGCAGGCCGGAGGAGGCGCCCAUCCCCGCCCAGGUCGGGAGGAGAGGCGGGGAGCCCGCCUCCGGGAAGGCCUGUGGAAACGAGGAACGGAGGCCGCGGGCGAGAUCCGGUAAGGAGCAGGCCGAGGGGCUCUCUUCCCCGGGACUGCACGCCCCUCCACUGGCCCGCCCUCUCUCCCUCUGCCCGGAUUCAGGAAAGAGAAACAGACGUCUGCAAGGGUUCAGUGGAUCCGGCAGCGAUGACGUCACGCGUGACGUGGCAAUAGUGGAAGGGAAAAUGUUGGAGGGACCAGCAGACAUCAGUUCAGAGACCUAGGCUGGUCCAGGGACCACUGAGACCAUGGCUGCUCUCCUGAAGAGCCUACUUGCUGCAUCAGAGAAGGCAGCCCACAUUGCCCAGCUCUGUCGCCAGGAGGAAGCCCUCUUCAGCUUGCUCAUUGAGGAGAAACGAGGGGCAGAAAAGAACAAGAAGUUCCUGCAAGACUUCAAGACGUUAGCAGAUGUGUUGAUCCAAGAAGUCAUCAAACAUGAUGUGGGAAAGGAGUUUCCAGAACUGGAAGAUCAUAUUCUUGGUGAAGAGUCCAACAAAUUUGAAAAUGGCCUUGGGGAGACUGUGGUGGUCCAGGUUUGCCCCACCCAAGAGGACACAGCUGCCUUGCUGCAAAAAAUCCUGGAUCGGAACCAGACAGCUGCUGACCUGUUAGCUGCUGCCAUUCAUCAAGAGGUGGUGCUUUCAGACCCAGCUGUGGAUGAAGUGGCUGUGGAAAUCUCCACAGAAAACAUAGCUGUGUGGAUUGACCCCAUUGAUUCUACCAAUCAGUACAUCCGUGGGCGGGGCCAUGUGAUGCCCGUGGAUGGCAUCUAUCCAUCUGGGCUUCGCUCAGCAUUGGUGCUUAUUGGGGUGUACGAUCGUCACUCAGGGGAACCUGUCCUAGGUAUCAUCAAUGAGCCUUUCUUCCAGGAAGACCCUCAAACACACAGGUGGCAGAGCAAAUAUCAUUGGGGCAUCUCUUACAAAGGCACCAACCUGAGCUCGCUUAGCCAGCCUCCACUACGGACUUCCCCACGCGUGGUGCUAAGCAGCAAUGAGAAACCAGCCCUGCAGAAGGCUCUGGCCCCUCUCUAUGGGGAGCAGCUCUACUUUGCCUCUGGGGCUGGGUACAAGAUGCUGUGUGUGGCCCUGGGCCUUGCAGAUGCCUAUGUGCUCUCAGAGGGCAGCACCUUCAAGUGGGAUUCCUGUGGCCCCCAUGCGAUUUUGCGUGCCCUAGGUGGGGGCAUUGUGGAUCUUUUGCUGUCAUUGCAGGCAUGGCGGGCAGGGCAACACAAAGAGCUCCCUGGACUGACCUACAACAAGCCAGCGGAGGGCUCUGUGGGUGCUGAGCGCUGGGCCAACCAAGGAGGUCUGGUGGCCUACAUCUCCCAAGAGCACCUGGAGGCUGUGAUGGCCACUUUGGUGGCAGCCAAGGAUGCCUUCUGAAGUGCCUUCUCCAGAUGGGCAAGGCCCCUCAUCUUCAUAUUAGGGGAGGAAGGUAAUCACCAGGCAAGGAACUGUAUGACAUCCUUAGUGUUUAUAGGACCAAUCUAUUUCACUUAUGGAUGGAGGCAAUAUGGUACCAUGGAGUAGCAUUUGGCAUGGACAUUGUACAUAUCUGUGCCAUUUGCUCUUUCUGUUCCAUUUGUUUCAAUCCACACGGUCUCGAGAUCCUUAACAAUGUGAUGCUUGGCCAGUUUCGUCUUGUGGGAUCACACGAGUGAAUCUUUUGUGAUGCUUUUGCCCUCUGUGUUGUUGUACACAGUAACUGGAAUAUGAUUCUUUGGGGGGGUUAUAAAUGGAUAGUUCUACUUCGUGUUAGAAAGAAAGUCAAGAUGUCCUUCAGAUCUCUUCUAGCUCUGUGGAGAGAGUCUGUACCAAUUAACUGGUUUUAGUCCUCCUUUCUGACAAGACGUGCUCGGAAUGGCUUUUUCCCCCUUACUUAUUUGUUCAUUUGUGUCCUGCCUUUUACCCAAUAAUGGAAUUCAAGGCAGCUUACAAAAGUGAAAACAUAUAUAUGCAAGUACAUCAGUAAAUGAUGUAAAAGUUGUUCUUAAAAUGCAAUUAAACUAAAUGACCUAGUUAAUUGCAAUAGAAUUAGAACCAUUUAAAAAUCACAUUAAAAGACCAAAGAUAAAAAUCAACAAAACAGCACCCAUUAGAAGCCCAUUUAGGUCAACCCGUAAAUGCUUGUUGGAAUAGAAUAAAAUUCACUUUCUGACAAAAGGACAGAAGGAAGGAGCCAUCUGCCUCCCUAUGGAGAGAGGCCCAAAGCCUGGGACUUAUCGCCAAGCAGUCCUCUCCCUUAUUCCUACUUAAUGCCCCAGGCCUCUCCCAAAAAUCUGAAAAGACUGGCAGACUUCUAUAGGAAGAUACAGUCCUCCAAACAGCCUGGACCCAGCCAUUUAGAUAGGUUUUUGGAUAGCGCUAAGGAUAGAAGAUCCUCAGGGAGUCUUUGGAAGAAGUCAUAGCACAAAUAGGAAAUAAAUCUAUAUAUAUAAAAGAGUGAUGGCAUCAGGGCAGCAGACAAAACAACAAAACUACAGGCCCCCCAACCUCAAAGUCUGACAACACAACCCAUCAUUCACGGCUCUAGGUUGAUACAACAAAAAGAAAAGAAAAAUAAAGUCCUAAUUACAGGGAGAGGAAUAAUAGUUUUUAUCCAAUUGCUGCCAGUUUGAAGGCUAAGCUCCACCCACUUGGUCUCCUAGCAACCCACUCAGCCCAGGGGACAGGCAGAGUUAGGUCUCACUUAGGCCUCUUCCACAGAUUAUCUAAUUUGCACUGGAUUAUAUGGCAGUGUAGACUCAAGGCCCUUCCACAUCUAUAUAACCCAUUUAGAAUCUUAUAUUAUCUGCUUUGAACUGGAUUAUCUUGAGUCUACGCUGCCAUAUAAUCCACUUCAGUGUGCAUACUAAACAUAAAGACAACCAUACAGCAGACAUUCAAUACCACCACUACCUCAACAAUUUCACACCAACACCACCAGACAACACCACAGCAACGCGUGGCCGGGCACAGCUAGUAUAAAUAUAUACUAUGAUCCUGGAAAUAUGGCUCCAGGAAAUUGCCAUCUUGUGAAGUGAUGACUCCCAUUUCAUGGCUCUUUAUAACCAGAGUUAUAUGCAGGCUGGGUUGCUGUGAGAUUUCCAGGCUGUAUGGCCAUGUUCCAGAAGCAUUUUCUCCUGACGUGUCACCCACAUCUAUGGCAGGGCCCAGAAAACUCACAGCAACCCAAUAAGUCUGGUCAUGAAAGCCUUUAACGAUAGAACAGGGAUUCUUACAUUUUUUUUAACUUGUGACCCCUUUUCGCCUGAGAAAUAUUUGCACAAUAUUUGCCAAUAGUAAAUCAGCAUUUACAAACUUCCUGAACACAAGCUGAUUUUCCUUUUUAUGAAGUACAGCUGAAGUAUUUUCUAUAUAGUCCACUAUAAACACCGCAUUGUUGCUAACAGACUCAUGGAAAUGUCUAAAAUAGCUACUAGGUGAUGUUCAUAAGCCUUUUACUGCUGUCAAGAUUUUCAGCAUCUCUACAUUCAAUUAACGUGACCCCUGGUUUAAGAAGUUUUGAAUUAAAGCAGUCUCUGUAUUUUCGUAAUUAAAGCAGAUCUUGUAGUUUAGAAAUAUCUCUUCAGAACUGGCAAGUGGCAUGAUGAAAAGCAUUCCAAGAGGAGGGAGGAAGCCAUAAUUUACCUAGCCAUUGCCCCCAUGGUGAUAGUUCCAAUUAUCUGCUUUUGAGAGCCCUAUGCCAAAAUGGUAAAAUAAAUGAAUAAAACACCUCUGCUACUUGGUUUUGCCUAGGGAACCCCUUGUCAUGCCUCAGGGGACAGGUUCUGACAGUGUCUGUAAGUCUGAGACAUUAAGCACCAACCACAAUUGCAUUUAAUAUUUCAGCAUUUAAGAACUGUGGCUCCACUUGAACUGCCAUGGUUUCAUCCCAAGGAAUUCCAGGAUUUGCAGUUUUGUGUAUUUAUAAUUCUUAGCCAGAGAGUGCCAGUGCUUCCUCAGAGUACAAACCCCAGGAUGCCACAGGAUCCUGCAAUGACAGCUAUAAUAAUAAUAAUAAUAAUAAUAAUAAUAAUAAUUUUAUUUUUGUACCCCGCCACCAUCUCCCCAGAGGGACUCGGGGCAGCUUACAGAUAUAAAACCAGCAUACAGUAUACGGUUUUACAAAAACACACAAGUAAAUUUAAAAGGCAUUAAAAAUCACGAUCAUUAUAAAACACAUGAAAAACACAGCUAUAAAAACAUAAAAUGAGCUGGGCAAAGUGCACUGAGUGGAACUUGUAAACAAGAAGGAAGGUUAAGGUGCUACACACUAUAAUUGUGUAGUGUUAAAGGACCACAGGUCUGACAGAUGAGGAAAAGAAUGCAUGUACAUAGUUUUCAAAGUGGUGUUCCUUUACUGAGAUUUUUCACUCAGAGGACUGGAGAAGUUUCAGGCUUGAAAUCUGGAAACCCUAAUAUGAAACCCUGUCCAGCCGAAGGGUGCAUCUACACUGUAGAAUUAAUGCAAUUUGACACCUCCUAAACUGCCAUGGCUCAAUACUGAGGAAUCCUGGGACUUGUAGCU